UGUCCUGCCACCAUGCAGUAUGGCACCUGUGUGUCGGCCUGCCAGCGGCGCUGCUCCUCCCUGUCCGUCCCGCAGCACUGUGGGGGCCACUGCGAGGAGGGCUGCGUCUGCCCCCAGGGCUCCUUCUACAACCACCGAACACACACCUGUGUGCACAGGUCCGAGUGUCCCUGCAGUUUCCUCGGAGCCGACUACGAACCCGGAGACGUGAUCUUGACAUCAGCAGGUGUUCAGUAAGAUCUUCUCCAAAGUUUCUUUCUCACAAGAUGCUUCAGGUUUAAAGGUUUUUAUUGUUUUCAGUCAAACCACAAAAUGAGAAUAAUUCUGGAUUAAGACAAUCUGGAAAAGAUUAAGAUUGAGAGAAUUAAACAUAGAAUAAAAACAAAACAAUGAUUUCCAGGCUGUAGCUCCAUCAAACAUCCGUCAGUCCAUCCGUCCUUUGU